UUGCCACUACACAAAGGUCUCACUGGCCUUUCUCUGCUUUGUUCACAUCUCUCCAAUUUUUUUUCAGACUUUACAUAGAAUAUUGGAAUCUUAAAUUCUGAAGAAAACUGGAAGAGCUAUCAUCUAACCCAACCUCUAUCUGAAUGAGCUGCUACCUUACAACAUACCCAACAAUCAGCCUUUGUUUGUGGCACCUCAGUGAAGGGAAACCCAAGUGUCCUCCAGAGCCCAUUCCACUCUUGGGGAGAUGUCUACAGUUUGGCUUCAAGUUGGACAAUGUGGCAACCAGAUAGCUCAGGAGCUGUGGCACAUCUUAGGCCUUGUGGAUGGGUCCUGUGGAAAAAUAGAUAGGAACCCCUUUUGUUCUCGAGAUGGAAAGCUCAGUGCCGUCUGUGUGGACAGUGAAUCCAAAGUGAUAAAGAAAAUGCAGAAACAAGUGAAUAAAGGUUUAUUCCGAGAAUCUAAUCUAAUAGUUGGAAAACAGGGAAGAGGAAAGAACUGGGCUUGUGGCUACAACAAGCCUUUGAACAGUGAAGAAAGCCUUCUCUACAAGACAAUGGAGAGACUUCGGAAGGAAGUGGAACUGCGAGACUGUUACAGUGGGACCGUGCUUUUCCACAGCCUGAGUGGGGGCACAGGAGCAGGUCUUGGCUCUCAUCUCUGUGAGGAAAUCCGAGAUGAGUAUCCUUUAGGACAGAUUCUCUCCGUAGCAGUGUCUCCUUACCAGACUGGAGAGUGCCCUCUUCAACAUUACAAUAUUCUGUUGUGCCUUUCUUGGCUUCAGAGGUACACAGAUGGCAUCUUCCUGUUCCACAAUGAUGAUGUCCUCAGGAGAGCAUUAGCCAGCAUGGGGAAGAAGAAUGUCCGGGAGUCCAGGGCACUCUCCCAGGUGUCCCUGUCGAGCAUGAAUACCUACAUUGCAGAUUGUAUGGCAGGACUCUUGUUCCCUGUCAGCAACUUCAAGCCAACCAGUGGGCUGAACAUGGGAGUAGAGCCCUGGGAGUUGGUUCGCUCUGUCUGUCCUGUGCCCACCAUGAAAUUCCUGCACGUUGCUCAGACCAGUACCAGAGGCCAGGUAUUUUGGGACAGCAUGGUCUCCUCUGUGACACACUUCCUGGAUCCUAAGUCAAGUAUGGGGAGCCCUCAUUAUAGUAUCUCCCUGCUGUCUGUGGCCCGCAGUAACCACUGCUCCUUGAUCCAGCCCCAGAGUUCGUCAAUGAAGAAGUUGCAGCGGGCCUACGGCUGUGUGUCCUGGAACCCUUUCCCCCUCUCUCUUUGGACAGCUUCCUGUGACAUGAGGGACCCAACUGGUCAGAGGCACUCACUCACUGUCUGUGCCAACCACAGCAGCAUUGUAGACCUGCUGAAGCACACGCUGGAGAAGGCACAAAAAAUGUACUCGGCCAAGGCAUAUAUCCACUGGUAUAGGAAGUAUGGCUGUGGGGAGGGAGAUUUUGAGCAGGCUUUUGAUACCCUCUCCUCGGUGGAGGCUGAGUAUUGCAGUGCUGGAGAAUGAGCGACAAUUCUUAGAUAAGCACUGUGUAACUCUCCACUUGGUGUCCCAUUGAAUGGAUUGAAUUGAGGGCGGCUUGACCAUACGUUAAAUGAUUCCCCAGAUCCCAAAGCAAGCUCCCCAUUCCCACCUGUCUUGGAAGAAAGUCAUUCUUCUGUUGCUACUAAAAAGAUAUACCAACAUUCAGCAACAUGAGCUGAAAACCAGUGUCUCACCAGAUCAAAGAUUUUUUACUCUGCCUUAGUGGAGUGAUUGAGGGCAGGGGGAGAGGGAAAUGAACUUAUCCGCAUUUCCACCAGAAAAUUCAGAUUACAUCUGGAAAUAACUAGUCCAGUUGAAAAAUGACAUAGCAGGGAGCAGCUGAAGAGAGGAACCUGAGGAAUGAGAAUUCCACAGCACGUGCACCUGGGAGUCGAAGCUGGUCUUCAUUUCACAUGUAAUCUGUUGGCCAGGGAGGGACGACCACUGUGUUCCUGGGUCUCCUUGUGAAAUAGUGGUAUGUUGUCUAAUUGACACUAGGUAAAAGUGGCUGAAACAACACCGAGGGGCCCAUUGUCACACUGACCUUCCAUUGUCAUUAGUUUAACAAAGUUGGGUUAUCUCCAGGGUGGAGCAGAGAGCUCAAAGUUCUCUUUCAGUGUCCGGGAGAAGCUCAAAUCACAUAAUACAAGAGCAUUAAGAGUGCAUUUCUUAGCUGUAAAAAGACUUGAGCACCAAGAAUGAGAUUGAUUUUUAGGCAGCAUUAUUUUUAUUAAUAAUGCUUGAUUGUUCCUGCUUGAUUGAUAACAUGAAGAAAGGUAUGUUGAAGGUGACUUAACAUCCCAAACAUUUUAUUUUUGUCCCUGCAUAGAAAAUAGAAAAAGUACUAAGACCAAAAAAAAAGAAAAAAAAAAAAAAGGCUCCACUUAACAGUGUAAACAUUUUCCUCUGUAAUCUAGGCUUGUCAGUGUAACAAUCUGACUAUCCUCUGCCAGACUCGGAGACCA